AUGGCUCUUCAUCUUAACAACCUAAACAUACAAGUUCCAUUUCCACCAUCUAUUAUAAUAGAUGAGAUUGUACAAUUACAAUUACGAAAUGGAAUUAAGAACGUUAACGGAACUAUGAACGCGUUUUUUAUAUAUCGAAAAGAAUUUAAUCAUAUAGUUACAAAUUAUAAAAAUUAUAAUCUUGAACUUAAAGAUAUAUCUUCAUAUGCUAGCAUUUCUUGGAAACAAGAACCAAAACAUGUGAAAGAAUAUUACAAACAGUUAGCUAAAAAGGUUAAAGAACGUUUCAAAGAAAAAGUUCCUUCUCUUUGUUUCAUCGAUUGUAAUCAUGUUGGAACCGGAACAAAUAUCAAUCGCAUCCCUAUCCUAAACAUGGACCUAGACUAUGAUAGUUUAAUUCUUAAUAUGGAUUAUAAUUGUAUUGAUGAACGUCUUGCUAUGGACGAAAAUGAAUUUAUGGAUCAUCUUUCUGAUGAUUUAGCAUUAACUUAUCGAGCAAUUGUCCAGUCAAUACCAUUUUAA